GCUUUGAUGGUGUGUCAGAGGGAUGCGGCAGCUAUGGAAAAGGCUCGAAUGGCAGCUAACUCCUCAACCAACUUCAACAUAGUUCCUUGGCGCGAGAUGACACCAAAGCAAUACUUGAAUCAGACACGGCUUUAACCUGAGCGCAAAAUCAGCGAGUAGGUUAGUUUUUCAGCGAUUGAUUCCAUAUUAUAUUAUAUUGUGACUCACUAAGCCUGUCUUCAACCCAAGCAUUUCUAGUUGUAUAAUUGUAAAACCAGAAGGUAAAUAUGUCUUUCAGAUCUACUCUCCACUUCGCUGACAUUGAGCAUCCCCAGCUGUCCAUCUUGCCAUGUCCGCACGCACAGCUGUUCCCCCCCGGGAAACAUUCGCGGCAACUCUUGGGAUUAUUCCUCCUUUUCCAGGGGCCAAUCACGUGACCCCUAUAAUAACAGGAGACGCGAGCUUUGCCUCGUCCCACUUCGGCGAGCGGACAACUGUGGAGCCACACAUAUGAGAACUUGCGAGCGGAGCACAGGGACCUCUUUUGGACAUUUCCAUCAAUCAAAGCGUGGACGUAAGAGACGCGGAUGGAGCAGCAAAGAUCGCGAGAACUUGCGCGCCGCCACCAGUAGCGCGCACGCUACGUCGCUACUCGCUCGGUCGCGCUCGCGGUGUUGCUGUUGGUCAACUUUUGUGCAUCUCUUACCUGGCCGUCCGAUCAAGCGAGUGCGCGUACGGGACGCGUCGUCAUCGUCAUCUUCACAGGACGGGAGGCUCGCAUGUGGAAGCAGCAGACGCUUGACAGUCUUCCUCUUCAAAAGUAUCCCAUGUCGGCGCACAGGAUGAUGUUCAUCGGACUCCUGCUUCAGGUUUUCUCCCACGGUAGCGCACCGGUGUCGGCCUCCUUCGACUGUCUGCUGGCAGAGCAGGGCUGCAUCCAGCAGCAGUCCUGCAAGGUCCUCUACCACCUCUUGGAGUACUGCUCGGCCGAGGAGGCGAUUUCGCCGCUCGGCCCCGACGCCCGCAACGAGUGCCUGGAGGCUCAGAACUCCUUGCAGCGCCAUCGCCCACUUCAAGUGUGCAAAUGCCAGCGCGGAUCUCGUAGGGAGGAACACUGCCUCAGGGUCUACUGGACUGUCAGGUUUGGAGCAUACGAAGAGUAUGAAGUUUCGCCAUAUGAAGAACUCGAGUUCAGCCUGGUGAGAAACAUCGAGAUGUCGCACAUGGCCUCCAUCAUGGCAGCUUCCUCUGUGUCUGUAGACGGUCACAAUCAGUGUCUCAAAGCAGCCCAGGACUGCGGCUUGUUUGAGAAAUGCGGCUCCCUGCGCUCCGAGUACGUCGUGGCGUGCACCAAGCGAGCAGCGACCUCCGACAACAGUUGCAACCGUCAGAAAUGCCACCGAGCCCUGCGGCGCUUCUUGGAGCGUGUGCCGGAGGAGUACAGCUUUGCCCUGCUCUUCUGCCCUUGCUCCGAUACCCUGUGUGGGGAGCGCCGCAGGAAAACCAUCGUUCCGUCUUGUUCCUACGAGGAGAACGCUAAGGGGGAGGAACGAGCGGGGAAGCCCAACUGCCUCAGCCUGCAGAAUUACUGCUCGAGGGAUGAGCUGUGUAGAUCCCGGUUUGCUGACUUCCAACACAACUGUCAGCCAGCUCCUCUGUCUGCUUCUGGCUGCAUGCGAGAAAGCAGAGCGAUGUGCCUCAAGGCCUACGCUGGACUCAUAGGCACCAUUAUGACUCCCAACUACGUGAGCAACAGCAGUACGGAAGUGUCCCAGUGGUGCACGUGUGAUGGCAGCGGCAACGAAUGGCAGGGCUGUCAGCGCAUCCUGCACAUGUUCAAAAACAACAUUUGUCUGCGUGCUGCUAUCAGCUCCAUGGGAGUUUCCGUGACACCCCCCGCUGAGACCAGCCCCGUUCCAGCUCCCGAGCCUUCCCCGAGAGUCCGCGAGGAGAAGGUUCACGCCGUCAACUCUCUCCCGGAAUUUACCACCAUCGAGACAAGUGAGGAAGUGGAGCAAGAGGAGGUCAAGAGUGAGGAAUUUAACAUCAUCCCGCCAUAUUCUGAGAAAGACUCCGACACUGAGUCAAGGGCCACCGAGAGGCAGCGAGGAGCAGCCAGCUCGGUGGCGCCAGUCUUUCCGCUCUUGCUGCUGUCUCUACUCAUCCUGGACUGGGAGUCUGGCAGCCACUAAAUCAUCCACCUUCUGCUCGUUUCUCUGUCAUUGCCGCAUUCAAACCCAUGCCAACUCCCCGGGAGAAGUUGCCAGAAAGAACCGCAGAGGCUUUCAUUGAAAAAGGAAAACUCCUCUCCUUCUUAAGAGUGAAAAGAUAUUUCGUCGUGCAGCAGUAUCUUGUGUCUUAGCUCCAGAGCAGAUAGCGCAUGGCUGAACGGAGAAGUGCCGCCUGGGCAAAACAGUCCACCCGGAGCCUGCUCCGCACUCCAAAAAAAAAAAAAAA